ACUGUGUUUCGUUGUAAUAUGCUAGCGGCCGCCGGGGGUCGCUGUAGCCGCAUGCGCUGAAUGACGCGGACCCACGCACAGACGCGCACGCGCUGCAGGAAUAACAAACAUGGCGGGCAAUUCAAAAGAGCAGCUGCUGUCUGUUCGAGUUUACAACACCCUUCAGAGUGUGGGCUGUCCUCUGGUGGACGGGCUGUACCUGCGGGAGCCGGACAGUGUGCACGAGCUCCUCUGCUCUCCCUCUUUACACAGGACUGAUAUCCUCAAGUGGAUUUGCGCCAGCAUUUGUCCAUCCCUAAAGGAGAAGUUUUCCACAAUUAAAGCAACUCAGAAUGAGGAUUUAGUUCAAGAACUCGCACGGUUUGGUUUUGAAAUGAUGUUAUGUAAAGCUAACGACCAGGAUUUAAUCAAGGGUCUUGCACCACCAUUACAGCAGCUGAGGUUUCUGGAGCAGCUUCUAAUGGUCAUUCAAGCAGACUCCUCCAUCAACUUUAGGCAGAACUCAUCCUCUUGUGAUGACAAUGUGAGGAACGAUGAUCUCCUUCAGGAACUAAUGUUUCAGGAUCACUUACCAGACAUGGAUGUGCUCCUGAAUCCAGUCUGCAACCCGUGGCCUGCACAUAUCCGUGAACAUCUAAUACGCACACAGUCAACUCACAAAAAAACGAAUGGAAAACAACACAGUAAACCGGGUGAUAUCAUAAACAGGAGUGAUCAACAUUCCCGACUAGGAAGUCAUGGAGAAGAAAGCCUGACAGAGGCCAUGGCGCUGCUGCAGUCUACACAGAGCACACUAGUCGAGCUCCACAACGAGUGUGAGUUCCUGCAGUCACAUUCGUCAGGUUCGGCAGCUGUUCUGUCCCCCUGUGCGCUGAAAGUGGCCAUCUCAGACAUGUCUCAGCUCAUGACGGCUUUUGGACACAUCUAUAAAACAGACUUCAAGGCGUACUGCCAAAGAUCCCCUCCGGUCCUCAGUUCUGGUGCUCAAGUGUUUCAGUCUGUACAUCAGCUCCUGCACACCUGUAAUACGGAGCUGGAGGCUCUUAUGCAGCUGUAUGAGACCUCAUCGUCUCUCACACAAACAGUGCGACAGCUGCAGACAGAAGAGCAGUACUGGUCUAAAGGGAAGAAGUGCACACUGCCCGAACGGAUGGAGGAGCUUAAGAACAGAUAUGUGGCUUUUCUCUCCCUUUACCAAUCUAAGGACCAAGGACUAAGCAGAAAUCUACAACCUUCAGCUUGGAUUUAAUUAGUGAAAGGCAUGAGGUGUCAAACAUAACCAAUCAGACCACUUAUUUACAUGUUCAGGACUGUUCCCAUGCCAUGCACUGUCAUGCAGAUUUAUAAUAGGAAUAAAUAACAAACUGCAAGACACUGAUCAAUAAGCAUUCCACUUAUAAAAUUGCCUUCUAAUAGAAUACUCCUAAAAAGCUUAAAACUAUAAUCCUCUUUUUUUACAAAAACCUGUGAUUUAGUAUAUGCUGUAGCAAACACAAGUGUGCCUGUGUUUGAUUUGCAAUUAUACUGUAUUGUCGUGACCUGUUUUUUUUGUUGUUUUGUUUUUAAAUAAAAACUCACCUUCUAGAUACACAA